GGCAACUGGGAAGUCAGUGGAGGGAUUGGCAGUGAGAGAUGGAGGACACUGAAUGGAGGCCAGUGGAGGGAUUGGCAGAGAGGGGUGGAGGACACUGAGUGGAGGGCGAGUGGAGGCCAGUGGAGGGAUUGGAAGAGAGGGGUGGAGGACACCGAGUGGAGGCCAGUGGAGGGAUUGGAAGAGAGGGGUGGAGGACACCGAGUGGAGGCCAGUGGAGGGAUUGGAAGAGAGGGGUGGAGGACACUGAGUGGAGGCCAGUGGAGGGAUUGGCAGAGAGGGGUGGAGGACACCGAGUAGAGGCCAGUGGAGGGAUUGGCAGAGAGGGGUGGAGGACACCGAGUAGAGGCCAGUGGAGGGAGGCCAGUGGCAGAGAGGGGUGGAGGACACCGAGUAGAGGCCAGUGGAGGGAUUGGCAGAGAGGGGUGGAGGACACCGAGUAGAGGCCAGUGGAGGGAUUGGCAGAGAGGGGUGGAGGAC